GUAGUUUUUUCUCAAGAGAAUCUGGACGUAAACAGCCUCAUUCAUCAUCCACCACCUUCACCGCGUGAGAGCAGAACGAGCCCCCCGCCCCCGCCCGCAGCCCCGCAGAAAGGGAAAGCCCGGAGGAGAAGUAAAGAGCAAACCGCCGGUCCACACAGCACAGAGGCGGGACCCACCGCGCGCCUGCACAUUGACGCCCACCACGCAAGCCCGUGGCUCCGCUCACCCCGGCUUGCCCACACCGCAGGCUGCUCGCGGGCCAGCCCAGCCCCAACGGUUUUGCCCGCGGAGGCGGCCCGGCCGCCCGCCUGCCUGCCUUUCCCAGCUCCAGCCUUCCCCCGCUCUCCCGAACGGCAACCAGCGUCGCUCGGUGGAUAAAUAAUAUCUGAGGUAAAUUUCACAUGGUUAGUUUGUUCAUUUUUUAUAUGGAAUGGCAGAUGCAGCCGUAUCCAGUGCUUCAGAGGAGGGAACCUUGGCCUUGUUUACUCACAUGCUGAAAAACUGGAUUGGUUUUGAUUACCUGGAAGAAUAUCUGAGCUACAAGUGGCUACUACUGGCUGUCAUAUUACUUUAUGCCAUAUAUCCUAUCAUAUUUUUUACUGCUUUUAUUAUCUCACUUCUGCUCAAUAUUUGGAAGAAAAAGAAUAACUUACCAGAGGACACAUUCGACAAAUCGUGGGAUCUACCAAAGCAAGUGGCUGCACACUUUGUGGAAGCAGUUGGAAGGAUAUUGCAUGGUUAUGAGGUUAUUGGCAUGGAAAAUCUACCAGAAGGACCUGGGAUUAUUAUUUAUUACCAUGGAGCUAUUGUUGUAGACUACCUAUUGUUGGUAGCUCAGAUAUAUAUACAGACAGGAAAAUCCACCUGUUCUGUAGUUCAUCACCUGACCGCUCAAAUGCCAGGAAUACAGCUGCUUCUUAAAAUGAUUGGCUGCAAAAAUGCCAACCGAGAUGAAUGUGUGCAAAUUCUGAAGGAAGGUCAUUUACUGGGGAUUGCCCCUGGAGGAAUUAGAGAAUCAAACUUUAGUGAUGAAUACUACAGUCUCAUGUGGGGUAACCGUGUAGGUUUUGCAAAGGUGGCAUUAGAAGCCAAAGUGCCCAUCAUCCCUAUAUUUACAGAAAAUCUUCGAGAAAGCUACAGAACACUUGGAAAGAUAUGGCUGACAAAAUGGGUAUGUGAUCAUAUUGGAGUUGUAAUCCUUCCCAUAUAUGGAGGGUUUCCAGUCAAAUUACGCACACACAUUGGAGAACCCAUCACAUAUGAUCCCAAUAUAACUGCUACAGAGCUGGCUCAAAAAGUGAACAAAAGUUGCAAUAGAAAAUCUUCGGGACAAAUACCAAGAAAGACCAGGAAAUAUUCUAAGAGCUCUACUGGAGCGUUUUGAGAAAUGUCAUAAAGACAACUAGUCUUUAUAUAUGUUUUGAAUACAUCUUUCAUAUCUCAUAUAGUGCUAAUGUGCUUGCAGUAAGAAACAUUUGGAAAUAUACAAUGUUUAAAUGUU